GUUUUCAAGCAUAAUACAUUUUAACAUUGAUAUUUUGAGUUCCAGAUAUUUCCAAUUCUGCGGCCCCCUCGAGACGUGUGCAAGGAAUCGUACCUUCAGUUUUAAAUUCAAUUCAAAAUACUGUGUUUUUCUUCUGUUUAAGAGUUUUGUGAGAAGUAGAUGCUUGAAAAUGAAAAAGGUUUUUGGUUAUAGCCUGGCCACAGCAUCUGCCCUAGUGCUGGGUAAAAGUUUGGUUGACAACGAUUUUGAUGUUGGUUCUCUCGCUGUUGUACGUCUUGGACGUGCUGGUUUAACUGUAUUUGAUGUAGUGAAGAUGUAUAAGAGAGAUUUCUACCAUGAGGUGAAAAGACUGAACAUUGAAAAAUCUUCGGAAGAAUACAGUACUCUUAGAUCUCAGGUUCAUAAGAAGUCCGCUGAAAGAAUCCUGGAAUUGUGUAGAGCGAAUAAAGGAGUGUACAUAAAAGUGGGUCAACACAUCGGUGCUCUUGAGUACCUGGUUCCGAUUGAAUACGUCGACACUAUGAAAGUUCUUCACAGCAACGCUCCUCGGUCCAGUUUAGAAGACGUUAUGCGUGUUCUACGCGAAGAGCUCAAGUGCGAGGUUUUGUGA